GAAUCUACGAGCCCUGAACCAGGUCUGUAAAUCCGCCCCGUGUGGUUAAAGUCUGGUACUGCAGGAGGAGGGCAAAGUCCAACUGCGUCAAAACUCUGCGCCUCUCGGACCGAGAUGGACCCACCCGGAUCUGGGACUAAACCUGGUCCAGUUUCUGUGAAGAGCGACAGCUCCAAAUCCUGGGGCAUUGAUUUUAAAAGGACCGAGAUGGACCCACCCGGAUCUGGGACUAAACCUGGUCCAGUUUCUGUGAAGAGCGACAGCUCCAAAUCCUGGGGUAUUGAUUUUAAAAGGACCGAGAUGGACCCACCCGGAUCUGGGACUAAACCUGGUCCAGUUUCUGUGAAGAGCGACAGCUCCAAAUCCUGGGGUAUUGAUUUUAAAAGGACCGAGAUGGACCCACCCGGAUCUGGGACUAAACCUGGUCCAGUUUCUGUGAAGAGCGACAGCUCCAAAUCCUGGGGUAUUGAUUUUAAAAGGAGUUGUGCUCAGAGCUGUGAGUCUCUGCAGAGUGACCGCUCCAGAGAUCCAGGUCCAGAGUUUAAAGCUGCUUCAGGCCUAGAGAAGCUGAGUCGAGAGGAAAGCAGAGGAGAGCGCCCCCAUCUGGACACUGUAUUUACUGUUCUGGAGGAGCAGGUCCUGGUUUAUGUCCAACAGCAGCUGCAGAGGCUCCACAGGCUCCUGGCCUCAGAUUACCCAGAAUGCUCUGAGGGUGAGGAGCUGAGCACAGAGGUUCUGAACAUCACCCUGGACUUCCUGAAGAGGAUGGACCAGGAGCAUCUGGCCCAGCGUCUGCAGAACAGGGCUGAAGUUGGAGUUCACUGUGAGAAACUGAAGAGGCAUCUGCAGCAGAGAUUCAGUCGUGUGUUUGAGGGCGUGGCUAAAGCAGGAGACUCCGCCCCCCUGACCCAGAUCUACACAGAGCUCUACAUCACAGAGGGCGGAGCCUCAGAGGUCAACCAGGAACAUGAGGUCAGACACAUGGAGACGGCGUCCAGGAGACCGGCCGCUCCAGAGACCAUCACAUGUGAAGAGCUCUUUAAACCCCGCCCACAUUCACCACAGCCAAUCAGAUUAGUGCUGACGAAGGGCAUGGCCGGCGUGGGGAAAACAGUGCUGACUCAGAAGUUCAGUCUGGACUGGGCUGAAGGCCGGGCCCACCAGGACCUCCAGCUGCUGUUCCCGUUCACUUUCAGAGAGCUCAAUGUGCUCAGAGACACACAGUUCAGCCUGGUGGAGCUGCUGCACCACUUCUUCAGUCCAUCCAAACAUCUCUGCAGCUUCCAACAGCUCCAGGUGCUCUUCAUCUUUGACGGUCUGGACGAGUGCAGACUUCCUCUGGACUUCGGCCAAACCCGGGUCCUGACCGACCCCACAGAAUCCGCCUCAGUGCAUGUGCUGCUGGUGAACCUCAUCAGGGGGAGCCUGCUUCCCUCCGCUCUCCUCUGGAUAACCACGCGCCCCGCCGCGGCCAAUCAGAUCCCUGCUGAGUGCGUCUCCAUGGUGACAGAGGUGCGAGGGUUCACUGACCCGCAGAAGGAGCAGUACUUCAGGAAGAGGUUCAGAGACCAGGCCACAGCCGUCAUCUCCCACAUCAAGAGCGUCCGCAGCCUCCACAUCAUGAGCCACAUGCCGAUCUUCUGCUGGAUCCUCUCCACAGUUCUACAGAAGCUUCUGGAACAAACAGAGGACCCAACGCUGCCCCGGACUCUCACACAGAUGUACGUCCACUUCCUGGUGGUGCAUACCAAAGUGCAGAACAUCAAGUAUCACCAGGGAUCAGGGGAGGACCUUCACUGGACUCCAGAGACCAGGGAGAUGGUGAAGUCUCUUGGAAAACUGGCCUUUGAGCAGCUGCAGAAAGGAAACCUGAUCUUCUACGAGAGUGACCUGAGCGAGUGUGGGCUGGACGCUGCAGCGGCCUCAGUGUACUCCGGAGUGUUCACACAGGUCUUUAGAGAGGAGCCAGGCCUGUACCAGGACAAGGUCUACUGCUUCAUCCAUCUGAGUGUGCAGGAGUUUCUGGCUGCUCUUCACGUCCAUCAGACCUUCUUCAGCUCUGGAGAGAACCUGCUGGAGACACCACACUCCUCUGAGAGUCUGGAGUCAAUAGAAACAGACACAUCAGAAAAGAAACUGAAAACAAAAGAAAACAAAACAGAGACAUCCUUAAAAUCUAAACUCACGGCAAAAUUCAAGCUGUUUAUAGAUGUUACAACACGACAAACAAAAAAACAAACAGAAAACCCAGACCCUGAGCUAAAGUUGGUCUCUUCUGGAGAGAACCUGCUGGAGACACCACACUCCUCUGAGAGUCCAGACCCUGAAGUCUUCUACCGCUCUGCUGUGGACCAGACCUUACAGAGUCCAAACGGACACCUGGACCUGUUCCUGCGCUUCCUCCUGGGGCUGUCUCUGCCGACCAAUCAGAGGCUGCUGCAGGGUCUGCUGACUCACACAGGAAGUGAACGGACCAAUCAGGAGACAGUAAAAUACAUCAAACAGAACCUGAAUAAAAAGGGUCUGUCUGCAGAGAGAAGCCUGAACCUGCUCCACUGUCUGAAUGAACUCAACGACCACAGUCUGCUGGAGGAGAUACAGGAGAACACGAGAGAAGGAUUACUCUCUGAUAGACACAUGUUUCCUGCUCAGUGGUCUGCUCUGUCCUUUGUCUUACUGUCCUCAGACUCAGACCUAGAGGAGUUUGACCUGAGGAAAUACCAGGGCUCAGAGACAGCUCUCCUGGGUCUGCUGCCGGUGGUCAGAGCCUCCACCAAAGCCCUUCUUUGUGGCUGUGGCCUGUCCCCUCACAGCUGUGCUCCUCUGGCCUCAGUCCUCAGCUCCUCCAGUCUCACACAUCUGGAUCUCAGUCACAACGACCUCCAGGACUCAGGAGUGGAGCUGCUGUGUUCUGGACUGAAGAGCGCCCCCUGCAGACUGGAGACGCUCAGGCUGUCUGGAUGUCUGGUCUCAGAGAGGGGCGGGGCUGCUCUGGCCUCAGCUCUGAGCUCCGCCCCCUCCCACCUCAGAGAGUUGGACCUGAGCUACAACCAUCCAGGACCCUCAGCCGAGCUCCUGACCGCUCUACGGGACCAGCGCCCCCUGCUGUCUGUCAGGUUGGAUCCUGCUGGAGAGUGUUGGAUGGUCCCAGGUCCCAGAAAAUACUCCUGUGAGUUCUCUCUGGACCCAAACACAAUUCACAGAAAACUCAAACUGUCUGAGGACAAACAGAGAGUCACCUGGGAGGAAGAGGAGCAGCUGUAUCCAGAUCAUGAGGACAGAUUCACAGACCAGACUCAGGUCCUGAGCUCCACUGGCCUGAGGGGGCGCUGUUACUGGGAGGUGGAGUGGAGCGGGAAGGUCGAUAUAGCAGUGAGUUACAGAAGAAUCAGACGCAGAGGAACAGGAAAGAAGAGUAAGUUUGGAGAAAAUGAUCAGUCCUGGAGUUUACGGGUCAAUUCUGGACGAUACAGCGUCCACCACAACAGCAGAGAAAAAGACAUCUACUCUCCACAAAAACUUUCAAUAGGAGAGCAUGUGUUCGAUAGUGGAGUGAAUGUGUCCUCUGGCAGACUGGGUGUGUUCCUGGACACUGAGGCUGGAUCUUUGUCCUUCUAUAUGGUCUAUGUUGGAAAACUGUUCCAUCUCUACACCUUCACCUCCUCCUUCACUGAGCCUCUGUUCCCUGGGUUUGGACUGUGGUAUAAUUUCAGUUCAGUGUCUGUGGUGAAAAUGAAAACACAGUGACAUAAAAGAAGGACUCUGUGUAACUUUCUGACUUUGUGAAGUGUGUGUGGUGGGGAUGGGGCUGAGCAGUGCAGAGUUUUGUAAAUGUUGACAACUGUUUGAGAUUUUAUUUCAUUCCGGCCGCUGCUGUUGGUAAUAAACUUGUAGCGGGUGCAGGAGCGUGUGGGGCGUCUCAGUUCAGCCUGUGCGCUCAUUUGAAACCCGCGGAGACUCUACGGCGCAUCACAAACACACACGCUCCCUAUGCACGGCUCGUCUGCGACAGCGUGUGCCCUCGUGUACCAGCGUGCAUCACAGGGCAGGUUCAACUUCCUAAACAUCCUACCUGUCCACCUGCCUCACGUCAGCACGCCGCCCCUCGCCUUUUCACGCUCUCGCUCCUUCCUGCGUACAGCCAACACAAGCCCCUCCCACAGUGCGGCUGAUUAGAAGAACAAGACCAAACGUGAAGCAAAAACCAGUCUAAAUUUGUGUUCCAGUGUUGGCACAAAGCAGGUCUACAGCAUAGAGCGGAUCUACAGAACAGACCUACUGCCACAUUUGGCUGAAGUUUGAAUAACAAAAGUGCACAAAUGCAUCUGUGUUUGUCACGAUGUGCGUUUGGUUUGGUAAAUGUGCAGAGGCUGGUAAAUAUCACUGCAAAACCAGAAAAGAAUAUAACUCCAGUUUGGAACUUUAAAAAACAGGUUUAAAAAUCUUCCUUCAUUUUUUUUUCACAGUUUUGUGUAAAGUGUCAGAGGAAGUUCUCUUAAAGAAGAGGUUCUCAAACUGUGGGGGAGGGUCCGAAAAAGGGGCACAGAGUGUUUCAGUGCAGUUUGUUUGACUUUGUAUUAGGUCGAUCAUUAUGACUUGGUCAUUUUGUAAGUAGCUCACAUGAUGAAAAAGUGUGAGCACCUCUGGUUUAGAGUCACACUGAGGUGGGGAACCACAAACACUAGAAAAAGAAAAUCUACACUGAGUCAUUAGCGAAUUACAAAUAUGGACCAGGUCUGAACCAGGACUAAACUGGGAGAGGAAACAAUUGUAAUUAGGAUAUUUUACUAAAACAUGGGAACAAUUUAACUAAAAUGCAAAAAACAAACCCAGGAAACAGAGAAAAGAACGAGCAGAUUUUAUUCUUCGUCUUUCAUAAAGUGGCAAAUUUAAACUGCAGCAAAUAACCACAAUCCACAAAACCACGACCAGAACCAGGACUAAACCAGGACUGAACCAGGACUAAACCAGGACUAAACCAGGACUGAACCAGGACUGAACCAGGACUAAACCAGGACUAAA